CCAAUGAAGAAGGAUGGCGGUGAGACGCUGAACCCCCUGAACAACAUGCCACACGUGAUCUCUGACAGGAAGAUGCCUGGUCAGAAGCUGGACCUGCCAACGGAGAGAACGUUCUCCACGAUUCCAAGAGGAGAAGAUGAGAACGAAGGCGUGUGGGAGUACCCUUCGCCACAGCAGAUGUUCAACGCUAUGCUCCGUAAGGGCAAAGCGGAAGAUAUCCCUGAAGACGCCGUUGAGAGCAUGGUUGACGUGCACAACUUCCUGAACGAGGGUGCAUGGCAGGAGAUCCUGGAAUGGGAAAGACCAUACAUUGAGAAGUUCAAGAAGCAUCCACGUCUUGCACAGUUCACAGGCAGACCUGACGACCUGUCACCAAGAGCCCGUAUGUAUCUCCAGCUCUCCAAGGUGUUCCCGGAAACCUUCAAUCCACAGCCUCCGUUUGACAGACACGACUGGUAUGUCCUGAGACCAAACGACAAGGAUGGCUGGGAUCAGGUUAGAUAUGUCAUUGAUUACUACGGAGGACCAGACGAUGAGCAUGGGAUGCCAACGUUCUUCCUGGACGUGAGACCUGGCCUGGAUAACUUUACCAACGCCAAAGAUCGCUUUGUACAUUGGUCUAAGCCGUUAUGGGACAAGGCCAUGGGUAAGGACCAGUCGUAAUGGUGAUACCCAUGCUGAGGCCUAUUGGCUCCGGAAUGAAGAUCAAAUUGCUCAACUCUCUUGUCCAUAAUAUCCGCACGCAAUUUGCUUCUCUGGGGUCCUUUGGAGGGUUCUCGUCUUAUAUUCUUCUUACCAUUCCGUAUAGGUGUAUACGGGUGUGUGUGUCACGUCGAUUCUGAUUCUAACAUGACGUUGCUUUGUCUGAUCAAAUUCUGUAGAAAUUCUAUAUACAUGGACU